AUGGCAAUCUCUUUGCUCUGUCUUAUCCUCAUCACCGUCGCUUCGUUAAUCUUUGUCGGCAAGAAGAUCAAACGCUCCAAAUGGAAUCUUCCUCCAAGUCCUCCACAGUUUCCGAUCAUCGGAAACCUACACCAAGUUGGAGAAUUGCCUCACAGGUCACUCCAACGUCUAGCCGAAAGAACCGGACAUGUUAUGCUUGUUCGCUUAGGUUUUGUCCCUGUAACGGUAAUCUCGUCCAAAGAAGCAGCUGAAGAAGUGCUUAAAACCCAUGACCUAGACUGUUGCACCAGGCCUAAGCUUGUCGGAUCGAAGAAAAUCUCUCAUGAUUUUAAAGAUAUCAGUUUUACGCCAUACGGUGAUGAGUGGAAGGAACGGCGUAAGUUCUUGGGACGUGAGCUUUUCUGUUCAAAAAAGGUUCAAUCUUUUGGAUAUAUUAGAGAGGAAGAAUGUAACUUUCUUGUCAAGAAACUGUCAGAAUCCGCUGUGGAUCAAUCUCCAGUCGAUUUGAGCAAAACCUUUUUCUGGCUAAACGCAAGUAUUGUGUUUAGAGUUGGUUUUGGACAGAGUUUCCAAGAAAGCGAGCUCAUCGAUAAAGACAAGGUCGAUGAGCUUGUCUUUGAAGGCGAGAACGCUGAGGCUGGUUUCAUAUUCUCUGAUUUAUUUCCCGUUGCCGGACUUGGACGGCUCAUUGACUGGCUUUCGGGUCAACACAAGAGGCUCAACGACGCUUACUUGAAGCUUGAUGCUCUGUUUCAAGGUGUCAUCGAUGAUCAUUUGAAUCCCCAAAGAUCAAAAGAUCAUGAAGACAUCAUCGAUACAAUGUUGAAUGUCAUGCAUCAACAAGGCAAAGAUGAUUCCUUGAUGCGCACGAUAGAUCAUAUCAAGGGACUUCUCACGGAUAUCUUUCUCGCAGGGAUAGACACAGGAGCUCUUACCAUGAUGUGGGCAAUGACUGAGCUCGCAAGAAACCCUAAACUGAUGAAAAAAGUUCAAGAUGAGAUCAGAGAACGUCUUGGCAACAACAAGGAGAGAAUCACCGAAGAAGAUAUCGGAAAAGUUCCAUACUUGGACCUUGUGAUCAAGGAAACAUUCAGAUUACACCCUCCGGUUCCUCUUCUGCUCCCAAGAGAGACAAUGGCUCACAUCAAGGUUCAAGGCUAUGAUAUUCCUCCAAAGAGACGGAUCUUGGUCAACGCUUGGGCGAUAGGAAGAGAUCCUAAACUCUGGACAAACCCGGAAGACUUUAACCCCGAGAGGUUUAUCGAUAGCCCUGUUGAUUAUAAAGGACAACAUUUCGAGCUCUUACCGUUUGGCUCUGGUCGAAGGAUAUGUCCCGGGAUGGCGAUCGGGUUGGUUACUUUUGAACUGGGACUCUUGAACUUGCUUUACUUCUUCGACUGGAAAUUGCCUGAUGGGAUGACACAUAGAGACAUCGAUGUAGAAGAAGCUGGCACUCUUACAAUCGUCAAGAAAGUACCUCUGAAGUUGGUCCCAGUUCGAGUUUGUUGA